CUUGGCCUCUCUAUAUGUUUGCUGGCUUGGUGCCUCCCAGUCUCAACUCCCAAGAUUCAUUUACCUACAAGUAUUGCCGGGCUCGGGGAUCCAAGAUAAAUAGAGAGAGAGAGAGAGAGUGAGGAGGAGCUCCUCCUAGACGGACGGACCCUCCCUCUGUCUCUGCUUGUUUUUGGAGGGCCUUGGAGAAGAGAGCGAGGAGCGAGCGUUCGGGCGUGAUAUACUAGUCGGGCUACACGGGGGCCGAGAUAAAACGGGGGGAGGAAAAAAGGGGGUGAAAAUACGCCGCCCGCCCGCACCACUUCUCCUCAGGCCUUGACGCGGCCAGCAGCCCCUCCAGCCGGGCGAUAGUUGGAAAGGAGAGCGAAACGGGCGCCCGAAACCCCCUGAAAACCUCCACGAGCCACGCCCCCGCCCAUGUCGGCGCCGGAGGAGGGCGACGCCGCCGCCGCCGCCGCCGCCCCGGGAUCGUCGGCGCCGCCCGCGCCCGCGCCCGCGCCGCCGCCGAUGCCGGAGCCCGGCGCAAUGGGGCCCGAGGAGGCCGCCGCCAGGAAGCGCUACGAGGCGCUGAUGCAGGUGCGGGCCAAGGCGCUCAAGGGGAAGGGCGCCUGGUACUGGGGCCACCUCGAGCCCGUCCUCGUCCCGCCGCCGGCCUCCGGGGCGCCCCCCAAGGCCGCCCGCCUCCGAUGCGCGCUCUGCGCCGCCACCUUCUCCGCCUCCAACCCCUCCCGCACCGCCACCGAGCACCUCAAGCGCGGCGCCUGCCCUAAUUUCGCGGCGGCGCAGGGCGCCCCGCCGCCGCCCCCGCCCCCGCCCCCGCCGCAGAAUCAGCAUCAGCAGUUGCAGCUCGUCGCCGUCUCCUCUCCCGCCUCCUCGAUCGUGCCCAUCUCCUCCAUCCCCCCGUCGUCCUCGUCCUCCUCGCAGCGCCGCCACUCCACCGGCGGCGGCGGCCGGAAGCGCCACGCGCUCGCCGCGGCGUACGCGUCAGUCGAGGCCGCGUCGCAUCAGCACCACCUCAUGGUCGCCGACCCGGCCGGGUACUCCCCGACGCCGCCCACCCCGCCGGGGAUGCCCGCGCCCAGGCAGCUGCUCUCCGGCGGCCGGGGCGACCUCGCCCCUCUCGCCAUGCUGGAAGACAGCGUCAAGCGCCUCAAGUCGCCCUCGGCGUCCCCCGGCGCGAUGCUUCCGCGGCCGCAGGCCGAGGCCGCGCUCGCGCUGCUCGCCGACUGGUUCCUCGAGUCGUCCGGCAGCGCCUCCCUCUCCGCGGUCGAGCACCCCAAGCUGAAGAACUUCCUGCGCCAGGUCGGGCUCCCGGAGAUAUCGCGAGCCGACCUCGCCGGCGCGCGCCUGGACACGCGCUUCGCCGAGGCCCGCGCCGACGCCGCCGCGCGCUUCCGCGAGGCGCGCUUCUUCCAGCUCGCGGCCGACGGCUUGCGGGAGCAGGUGAUCACCCUCUCUGUCAACCUCCCCAACGACACGUCGGUGUUCCACCGCGCCGUGCCCAUGCCCGCGCCGGCGUCGGCGUCCCCUGACUACGCCCAGGAGCUGCUGCUGGACGCGGCAUCGUCCGUCUCCGCCUCCUCCGGCGACAUUCGGCAUUGCGCCGGCAUCGUCGCCGACCGCUUCGGCUCCAAGACUCUGCGUGAUCUCGAGACCAAGCACCAUUGGAUGGUGAACCUUACCUGCCAAGUCCAUGGCCUCUCCCGCUUGGUAAGCGACAUGGCGCGGGAGCUCCCACUCUUCAACAACGCUGCCUCAAAUUGCGCCAAGAUCGCCAGCUACUUCAACACCACGCCCUCCGUGCGCGCGCUGCUGCACAAGCACCAAGUCCAGGAGCACGGGCACGCCUUCCUCCUCCCCAUUGCCGCUCCGCCGUAUAAUGGCGGGGAAUUUGCCGCCGCGUUCGUGAUGCUCGAGAGCAUCCUGACCUCGGCGCGGCCGCUCCAGCUCGCCGUGCUCGAGGAGUCCUACAAGGUGGUCUGCAUCGACGACCCUGCCGCGAGGGAGAUCGCGGCCAUGGUGCAGAAUGUGGCGUUCUGGACCGAGGUCGAGGCGACGCAUUCGGUCGUGAAGCUGAUCAUGGACUUGGUGAAGGAGAUGGAGACCGAGAGGCCCCUGGUGGGGCAAUGCCUGCCUCUCUGGGAGGACCUGCGCGGCAAGGUCAGAGGCUGGUGCCGGAAAUUCAGCAUAGAAGAGGCGACUGCCAUGAAUGUGGUGGAGAGGAGGUUCAGGAAGAACUACCACCCGGCGUGGUCAGCGGCAUUCAUACUGGACCCAUUGUAUCUGAUCAAGGACGCCGGCAGGAGGUACCUUCCACCGUUCAACUACUUGACACCAGAGCAGGAGAAGGACGUGGACAGGCUGAUCACAAGACUGGUGUCGCCGGAGGAGGCGCACCUCGCAGUGAUGGAGCUGAUGAAAUGGCGGUCCGAGGGGCUGGACCCAUUGUACGCGCAGGCGGUGCAAGUCCGGCAGCCAGACCCAUCGACGGGGAAGAUGAAGAUAGCCAACAAGCAGAGCAGCCGGCUUGUGUGGGAGACAUGCCUCAGCGAGUUCAAGUCGCUUGGCAAAGUGGCGGUCAGGCUCAUCUUCCUCCAUGCAACCGCCAAGGGGUUCAAAUGCACGCCGUCGAUGACGCGGUGGCUCACCGCGCCAGGCAGCUCAGCCGGCAGCAUUGGCCGGGCGCACCGGCUGGUGUUCAUCGCGGCGAACUCGAAGCUGGAGAGGAGGGAUUUCUCAAACGACGACGACAAGGACGUGGAGCUGCUGACGGAAGGAGACGACGACAUGCUAACAGAGACUGGCAAUGUGGAUCCCUCCUCCUCCUCAGUGUAGCAUUCCAUUCCUUCCUUGCUGCUGCUGCUGCUUAAUUUCCUUGGCCUCUUUGUGCAUUUGAUGUUAGCAUCCUUAGAAUUUGAUCCCUAGUAGGAAAUUGCUAGAUUCUUUUUUUGCUUGUGCCCCCCAUGUUGCUAGUUCUUGCUCCCUCCUCUUUGUUUUGGUUGGGUAGGGGGUCGGGGCAUGAGAUGGAGAUAUGCUGCACCCAGUCGGUCUUAAUUUGCUUGUCAAGUGUGGUUAAUUAAUAAAUGGCUCCCUUGUCAUA